AUGGAUGGUCUGGUGAACGAUGAGGUGCAGAAGCAGUUGCUCAGGAGCCAGGUGACUCUUUGUUCCCUGGGCGAUUUGUGUAGCUUCCUCUCAACAGGGCCUGACAAGCACAAAAGAGUUCUGGGAAUGCGAUGCGAAAGCGCAGAUAAGGGAAAUGCCUGCUUCUCCUCGGUAUGCACCUCAACUUGUUGUGCAAAGCCUCGCGUGGAUGGUUUGAUGCAGCAGUCCGCAUGGAACUGGCUGGCUGCCCUGGCUGGAAAUUCUCAUCAGUGGUCCAUAAUAUGCGUUGCAGUUAUGGUUUAA